CCUGAAUGCAGCCUCCGUUAGCUCCGCUGCAACAAUGGCCACCAUCUGUCAGAAAUGGAGACCCGACCGGGGUCGGUGCUUCAAAACCUACGGACUUGUUCUCGUUCUGUUCAUGGACCUGGUCUUCCAAUGUGUUAACGGGUACGUGAGCUCCCCUCAGGUUGGCCAGGAGCCGCCCUACUCCAGAGACGCCCAGCAUGGCCCCGUCAUCAGCAGCCCAGUGGCCCCUGCUGCAGCCUCAGUGUCUCCUGCCGAUGAAGAGAGCGACACUUCCACGUGUCCGAGUGGGGGUUUGUGUCGUCGCCUGCCAGCUUAUUGCAUGCACUGCAAUUACCAACACAACUGCACCUACAGGAAACCGGCUUCCUUCACCUGUAAAACCAAAAAAGGAGUGCACUGCAUAGGGGAGUCGGGACAGCAGCACACCAACUUCUCUCUCUCCGUAAACUGUCAGUUCUGCUGGCAGCUGGACCCGUCCGAGUACCGCUGCUCGAACUCCACCAACUGCAUGACGGUGUCCUGCCCACGCACGCGCUACAACGCCACCUGUGACGCGUUGGACCAUGUGCAUUGUUUAGGCAAAAGACGUUUUCAGAAACGUUUUUUUUGUAACUGGACUGGUGGAUACAAGUGGUCGACGACAUUAGCACUCAGCAUUACGCUCGGGGGUUUCGGGGCCGACCGGUUUUAUCUGGGCCAGUGGAGAGAGGGUCUGGGCAAGCUGUUCAGCUUUGGGGGCCUGGGCAUUUGGACUCUAAUAGAUGUUCUUCUGAUAGGGGUCGGUUAUGUGGGACCCGCCGACGGCUCUCUGUACAUCUGAAGCGGAACCCCUGGAGUCGGGGCUGCGUGUCCGCCCCCUUCCUCCCUCCCCUUUUCACACCGCUCCGCCCCUCAAAGAUCGAAGAUCCGAGAUACUGUGAGCUUGGCACGCUUCGCCCGCCCAAGCUCGCUGCGCAACACGUCCUCAUCCCAUCUGCUCACUGGCAGGAAGUGUUGUCCCUCAUUCCACCGACCACGAAGCUACCCACUCGGCCCAUCAGAUCGAUUCCAAUCACGGAUCUGCGCACGAGGACGAGGAGUCUGCGUCAUGCUGAUGUAUCGGUGGGUUCGCUUUCAGACAUCCUGCCACCUUGCCGCCGUCUGUCACUUCUCCCUCAUUGCAAGGUCAAUGUAUCGAUGGGGUGGGGGUCCAAAUGGUAACCAUGGUAACAUCAGACGAAAUAGACUCGCUUAAAAAGGUAGUAUACAUAUGCCUUGAAAGAAAGCAUGAAUUUGUCCAGGUAUAUUUGUUUACAGCAGACGGUUGGUCUUGUGUUUGAAUUCAACAGUUAUUUUAAAUUUGUUUUUGUUUUAUUUAAUUGAACAUUGAAUUGGGCCACAACUGUAAGAACAUCUUCUUAAGGGAUUGAUACAUUCUACUGUUGCUCUUCAUUUGCUCAAAUUGAAGUUUCUAAUUGAACUUCAUAUGUAGUUAAACAAACCAACAUCAGAGUUACUGUAUAUUAAAUUGUAACUGUUGGGGAACCAGAAAGAAGUGCGGGGGCAAGAACUCUCAUUUCUGUCUUUUUUUUUGGAAACUCGGAGAAAAUAAUCUCUGUACAUAUUGAAACCUUUGAAAUGUCUUGCACUAGAAAACUGCAGUCACUUGUGGUUCCCCUGUUUAUAUAUAUAUAUAUAUAUUGUUGGCCCUCAGCUGGUAUUUCAUUCUUCAGGUUUUAAGAACUCUGUGUACUAACACUAAGUUUAUUUGCCAGAGGUCGUGAGAUCCUCUCAUUUCAUGUAAAUAUGUUUUUUCUGUUUUCAGUGUCUGGUCAACUGGCUUUUGUUUUUUAAGUUAUGUUAAUAAAACUAUGAAAUAAGACACAU